CCAGGAUAAUGUCAGCGGUUUGUUACUUCUCCCACCUAUCCGUAUCAUGAUAAACGCUUUUGGGGCGGUCGCCCGCAGGAUGCCGUCGGCGGCCCGGCGGAGCGGAUGCUGGAUAGCGUGGUGCCAGGCGGCGCUGCUCGGCGUGUCGGCGCUGGUUAUCGUGGCCGAACGGACCGCUCUGUUCUACUGUAUAGGAUUUCACCUUUGGAAUGAGGAGACGCAGUGGGCUGGCCUCACUCUCGGCCUCUUUCUCCCGGGCACAGCAGUUCAGCUGUUAAGUGUGAAAUGGUACUAUGAUGAUGGUGAUGACAGGCGAUGCUACCUCUCUGUCAUACACAUACUGCACUUGGGCAUCUUCAAAAGGUUGUGGGACUGCAUGAGGUCUGUUCUGCGCAUGCAGGGCUCAGUCGCUGAGCUUGGCGCUGCUGUCAUGCAGCAGGCGGAUGUAGCUGCCCUUUGGCUCCUAGAGGCUCUCGUACUCACGCUGCCCCAAAGCCUGCUGCAAGCAUAUGUCGUGGUGUCCACUGAUGUGGGCAUCAUGUCCCCAGUGGCCUAUUGCGGUGGUCUGUGUGUGCUGUCCAUUUCCUGGGCCCUGGUGCUAUACAGUCGAGCCUGCUGUCUGAUCCGGCCAGGCCACCUGGCUAUGCCUCCGGCUGCCCUGGUGUGCCAGCUGGUGUGGAGGGCAGGCAUGCUGGCAGCCAGGGUGACCUGCCUCAUGUACUUUGCCAGGGUCUUUAACUGGUGGGUCUGUGGAGUAGUAGGUUUUCAUUGGCUCACGGCCUCCUUCUGGCUGGUAUCACAGCAACCAGACAUCUGCACUGGCCCCUGGUGUUGGCGCGCCUUUAAUGCCAUCAUGGGGCUUGUCCACGUCUUCCUCUUCCUUAACAUCAAAGACGGACCUUCGCGCUACCGCAUGGCCAGUUUUUAUGCAUUCAUGUUUGUAGAGAACGCCACACUGCUGCUGGCCGCCUCCGACUUCCUCAGCGAAGCAUCAUGGGACAACAUGACCCUCCCCACCACUGUGCUGUGCAGCUUCCUUCUCGGCGUUACCUCUAUGAUUCUCUACUACCGAUUCCUCCACCCCAAGUCAACAGAGAUCUGCCAGGGCUCAAACCACAACCACAUGGGCAGCACGUGUAUAGAACGGGGGGAGUCCACCUUCUCUUUUGGAGACAAAAGCCUGCCACCUCAAUCCAUACAAAACCAUGGGAGCUUCUCCCUCUCAGGUGUGGCUGGUUCCCUGCUGGAGCACCCAGGCACCUGCAGGGGUAGGCCUAACAGCUCCUGCCCUUGCUACCAUCACCACUGGCUUCUUAUCCGUAUGGCCCUGAAAACAGGUGACCUGGGGAAGAUCAACAGAGCAUAUGGGGCCGGCGGAGCGGCAUCCAUACUUGAUAUGGAGGAGUACAACCAAGAGUUUAAGAGUAACGAGGGCAUCACUAUCACAGGAGGAGGCAGCUGUGAGGGCGUCUCCACCUCUGAGUCUCAGGGGAAAAGCCUGGCACCACUUUCAGACUGCAAAGAAGAGUUUCAGAGUGUGAGCGAACCCUCAUCGAAUGAACAACCUGAGGAAGAGGACGACAGUCUGGAGAUGGAGAGCCCAUUGGAGUCGCCCGAGUCGGAUUUCAAGCGCAGCUCACCAGAGGGCAAGUCUGUAUUUGGAGACAGUCCAGAGCCGUACUUCUGCCCCACAGAAUCAAGUUCAACACUGUAUUUCAGUGCUGAUCCUCAGUCUCCCAGCAGUGCCAGUAACCCCCGUUUGGACCGGGACAUUGGGGGUCUGGAACAGGGUGUGCGCCUUAGUUCUAUCCCUAGUGAUCCAUCCCUUCACAGAGAUGUCCGUGGGCUAAUGGGUCGGGUCGGGCCACGUUUUACUUCCACACCUAAGCUGGACUCUGGAGGGCAGGACUCUCCCUCCAAUGUCCCUCACCUCACAGGUCCCAGGAGGCAGCUCAUAAUGUCCCGAAGAGAUGAAGACGAUAAUUUCUAGCUUUCUCUUGACAGAAUUAUAGGGAAGGAGUGACAGUAACUUAUCCAAAAUGAAAGGAGUACACCAGCUUUUAAAGUGUUUUAAGAUGAAAAGGCUGGCAGGAAUUUCACUUCUAUAUGUUUGUAUAAUUAGAACACUGUGCAGCAUAGUAUAUAUGCAAACAAUUCUGGGAUAACACUAAGCUAACCUGUAUUUUUCUCUAACCAUUAACUGUUUUCUAAGAGAAACAAGUCGCCCAAAUG